AUCGUCCACCUGUGGAAGACAUUGCAGAACAGCUUGACAACUUUUUCCCGAAUGUUGACCUUGACCAGCCCGUGGGAGAAGAGGCUGAAGGUGCUGAGGGUAGUCCAGUUUCAGCCACCAAGAAUGGGCUUCAGCCCAAGACAUCAUCCUCUGCUCUGGCCGAAAGCCGAAGCAUGACGCCGCUCUCGACACCUCCUCCCUCCAGCUAUGAUACCGGGACCUUCGACAGCGACGACUCCACUCUCAAGAGUGGAGAGCUCAAUACUGUUGCAAGCAGGAGCAUCCGCAAGUCGGGCGGUCUCAGCAGGACUAAGAGUAUUCGAGAUGUGGUCAAGAACAACUACACGCAUCUUGGAGGGCCCUCCAAUCACCCUUCUGUGUCCUCUGUGGCAUCAAGUCGCGCCCCGAGCAUGCACGCCAACAUGGCUACCUAUCAGCCGUCUGCUUACAUGCCGAAUAGGAUCAGCACGCUUCGGAAUGACACUUCUGGAAUUGCCCGACGCAAGAGCACCAAGAUGUUUGGCGCCAAGAUCGAGCAAGUCAAGCCUGCUCGUGGCAGUCGUCUGAUCCACAAUCUCGAGACCAUUCCUCAGGAUCAUAUUCCUGCCGGCAAUGUGCACAAACCCGAGCGUCAGCCAACGUUCAAAUGGAUGCGUGGCCAGCUUAUUGGAAAAGGCACGUUUGGGCGUGUCUAUCUUGGUAUGAACACCACAACUGGAGAGCUGCUCGCGGUCAAGCAAGUCGAAGUCAAUCCCAAAGCGCAGAACGCCGACCCAGCCAAGGUGCGAGAAAUGGUGAAGGCUUUGGAUCAGGAGAUCGACACCAUGCAACAUCUCGAUCACGUCAACAUCGUGCAGUACCUUGGAUGUGAGAGGAAGGAGUAUAGCAUUUCCAUCUUCUUGGAAUAUAUCUCGGGUGGCAGUAUUGGUUCCUGCUUGAGGAAGCAUGGCAAGUUCGAGGAGCCCGUCGUCAGCUCCCUGACACGACAGACGCUUGGCGGUCUUGCAUACCUACACUCUGAGGGUAUCCUGCAUCGUGAUCUAAAGGCUGACAAUAUUCUCCUCGACCUUGACGGCACUUGCAAGAUCUCUGAUUUUGGUAUCUCGAAGCGAUCUGCGAACCCCUACAAUAACGACAUCACGAACUCCAUGCAAGGCUCGGUCUUCUGGAUGGCUCCCGAGGUCAUCCGUGCUCAGUCGCAAGCUCUUUCCAUACCUGCUGGUGAAGGCCUGGACCCUACCAUGAGCAGCCAAGGCUACAGUGCCAAGGUCGACAUCUGGUCGCUCGGAUGUGUGGUUCUGGAGAUGUUUGCCGGGCGCCGACCUUGGAGCAAGGAAGAAGCCAUUGGUGCAAUCUACAAGCUGGGCAGUCUCAAUCAGGCCCCGCCGAUACCUGACGAUGUUUCUACCGUGGUAGGACCUGCGGCGCUGAGCUUCAUGUACGACUGCUUUACCAUUGAUCCUGGCGAGCGACCAACUGCCGAUACCCUUCUCCGAGCACCAUUCUGCAUUUUCGAUCCCCACUACAACUUCUUAGACACCGAGCUAUACGCCAAGAUUCGUGGAGCAUUCUAGGUAAAGCUUCGACGCUGUCUUCAGCAGACUUCACGGUCUUCUGACGAUAGCGGAAUCACGUUACCCCCAAGCAGCGACGGAUCUCACAUGAGCGGGCUUGAGCCUUGGGUUUGGGAUCCUCCUCAACGCUCGAAAUAACUUACAAUCCAACAUCCUUUCACACGCGCCGCCCGCCCUUACAUGCGCUCGUGGACCAGCUUUGGUCUGCGCAUCCUGCGCCUUUUGGUUGGGAUUCUCUGACUUACGAAUAUACCCUGUUGCAUAUACUGCUUCUGGUCACACGAUGGAAUCUUGGAAUUUAUGGACUUUUUUAAACCACUACAUUUUCUUUGCGAGCGAUAGCAUUUAACGAGAUCAUGAGACAAAUCCUGGAU